AUGCCCACAAGUACAAUCACCUCCCUAUGCUUGCUCGACUCCGGCGGAAGCGAGAACAGUCUUGAAGACCUCGCUUUGUCGUCAAGUGGAAAACCAACACAGGUAAAAUUCAACAUCUACAUAGGGGUAAAAGGAUACCGGCAUAUUUUGAUUUUCGUCAGCCGGUUCCGUUUCUUUCUCCUCAAUGUUAUUCCGCUGAAGACUGAAGCAAAAGAUGAAGCAUAA